AAUUGAGAAAACAAUAUUUCUUAAUGGUAUCGGAGCCUCGUCUCGGACCGUAGCCUCGUAACCCCCGUCCCCAAAACCCUAGCGCCGCCCUCUCCAUCUCGGCGCCGCCUCUCUCUCUGCUCAGCCUCAGCGCCGCCCUCUCACUGCUGUCUCUCCCUCGCUGCCUCACGCACCAGCGAGCCCUUCCAUCUCUGCCGAUCUCCUUGUCUCCAGAAAACUACCGGUGCUGCCCCCUCCCUCUGCCGGCGUCGCCAUGUCUGACAAAACACCAACCACCGGCGAAUCUUCAUCACAAACCACUCCACACUUGGCGUUUACAACUAUAUCUAACGUCAAGUUGCAUGUCCCGGUUCUCCUCAGCUUCUCGGAACCGAACUACAAGAAAUGGAGCCGACUUUUUCUCCUACUGGUGCGGCGGUUCUCCUUGGCCGACUUUCUCAACGGCAUAUCCACCCCCUCAAGCGCGGACGAUGCGGAAUGGUUCCAACUCGAUGCCCUUCUCCAGGGUUGGAUCCUCUCUACCGUGAAUGAUGAAGUCUCCGACUUGGUUAUCUCUUCUACAAACUCGGCAUCGGAAUUGUGGAAAUCCAUCUACUCUCUCUUCCAUGAUAAUAAACCCGCGCGGGCGAUGCAAUUGGAACAUCUCUUUCGCACCACCCACAAAGGCUCUCUCUCUGUUGCUACAUAUUGCCAAACCCUGAAGAAUAUCGCAGAUUGGUUAGAUGAUGUUGAUGCUCCCGUUUCAGAGCAACAGCUUGUCCUCCAGGUGCUUAGAGGGCUGCCGGAUGACUUUCGACAGCAAACAUCAUUCCUGCAAUUCCAAACACCGUCCCCGACUUUUCUACAGGUCCGCUCAGCCCUCCUCCUUAUUGAACAGCAGCGGACUGACCUUGGCUCUAGCAGAGACACACCGGGCACGGUGCUCUACUCCGGCAGCAGCUCUGGACUCCCCUUCGGCACAAACAGCAGCCGCGGCAGUGCCCGCGACAGUGGUGGACAUAAUGGCAGUGGCAGCCCGUUGAAUAACCGGCAUCGUGGAGGAUAUCACCGCGGUCGUGGUCGAGGACGAAGCCCUGGAUCUUAUGCACGGCCCACCCAAGCACAGCCCCCCUGGCAGUUCUCCCACCCCAACCGAAACCCCNCCCACUGCCCGAAUCACCCAUAACCCAACCCACUACGCCUGCGUCCAACCCCCUCACCCCCACUGCUCUUGCUCAUCAUUUUGACACCCUGACCCUUCGCGACCCCAGCUGGUACAUGGAUACGGGCGCCUCUCACCAUAUUGCCUCCGACCCAGGUACUCUUUCUCAUGUUCGUUCUCAUUCUUUAAAUUCAUCAUCAUAUAUCACUGUAGGUAAUGGUUCGAAAGUUCGCACUACGGCAACCGGUAAUUACCACUUUCCCACUACCCUUCCCCUCUCCCUACACAACAUCCUUGUCUCACCACAUAUCAUCCACAACCUUAUAUCUGUUAGACAAUUCACCCGAGAUAAUAAUUGCACUGUUGAAUU